CUCCUCGUCCUGCCCUGGGGCGGUGACCCGCCAUCGCAGUCCAGACGCAGGGCAGACGCCCCCGGUUCCCGGUCCCCACCCCUGAGCCUUUGGGGGAUACCCGGGUGACCGAGGGGCGGAGAGGUGGCGGGAACCUCCCCGUUUCCGCCGCGGGCCCGCCGCCGAGUGCCACCGGGAGGCGCGGUCGUCCCUCCCCGCGCCGGGGGCGGCCCUGCAGCCUGCGCCUUUUUCCGCACGCACCGCGGCGCCGCGCGGCCACUUGCCAGCGCAGGGAGCGCGGUGGCUGCAGCGCUCGGCGCUUGGAAGAUGGUCCCCGCGGCCGGACAGCUCACCCUGCUCGCGCUGGGUAUCGUGUUGGCUGUGUGUCAGGCUUUGGAGAACAGCACAUCUCCCCUGAGCGACCCACCUGUGGCUGCUGCAGUGGUGUCUCACUUCAACGAAUGCCCGGAUUCCCACACUCAGUUCUGCUUCCAUGGGACUUGCAGGUUUUUGGUACAGGAGGACAAGCCAGCAUGUGUCUGCCAUUCCGGGUACGUGGGUGCUCGCUGCGAACAUGCGGACCUCCUGGCCGUGGUGGCCGCCAGCCAGAAGAAGCAGGCCAUCACCGCCUUGGUGGUGGUCUCCAUUGUGGCCCUAGCUGUCCUCAUUAUCACCUGUGUGCUGAUCCACUGCUGCCAGCUCCGCAAGCACUGUGACUGGUGCCGUGCCCUCGUCUGCAGACACGAGAAGCCCAGUGCCCUCCUGAAGGGAAGGACUGCUUGUUGCCACUCUGAGACAGUGGUCUGAAGAGCCCAGAGGAGGAGUUUGGUCAGGUAGCCUGUGGCAACUCAAAACAGAACAGCAUUCUUCAGGACAAUUGCCAACAGUACCCAGAUGCCUGGACAUGCUUGAGGACUUUGCCCCUAUCUACAACAGCCUGUGCAGCUUUCGUCCUUUGUGGACCUUCAAACUGUGUGGAGAACUGUCUGCUGGGGUACUUCAGUAUAUUCUAGAGAAGAGGCCAAAGGACCAUGAUUUAAAGACGGGUCGGUCGGGAAUCGCAAAGGGCUAGCUUUCCUGCUAACCCAUGCUAGGUGUAUACGUCAGUCAGUUGGUGUUUCCUACCAGGCAUGGAUUCUGGGCUGUUUCUUCUCAGUGGGCAACCUGUCCCAAGCAGAGACUCCAUGGUUGUUACUGGGUUUGCUCAUCUGCUCACUGGGUGGGGUACAAAGUGGACAAGGGGAAAUGUCUAUCGUUACAUGAAGAUACCAUGGCCUCCUGUGAGCCCCUAACCCCGGCUGACAUCUCCCCAAGCUGUCGCUGCCUUUGGGAUCUGUGUCAUAUUUAUUAGAUGGAUAAUGGUUUAAUUUUUAAUGUUAAAAGUCAAUGUAAAAAGCAUAAGCCCAGCAGACGUCCACCUUAAUGAUAAAUGAGCUGCUGACUGAGAAGUCACACCAAUUAGAAAAGGCCAGCCUCUGAAACAGUGAGACUUGGUGAGCCUGCCAGGGGCUGUAGAGAAUCCAAGACAGUAUCCCAAUAGGAGCAAAGACUGAGGUUCAGAAGGCAUGCCCUGUAAAACAUAAAGCAGGUGAGUUCCCUGGAUACAUGCUGUAGAAAGGUUAGCAAGGUCAGUGGCUAGGACUGUCCCCUCUGUUGGAGGCAAGGGGGUAAGACAGCCUGUGUGGGCACCCUGGGCAGACACAUGCCAGCACUUGAAUAAGCAGAUUAAUUUCCUCAUGAGCCCAGCUCUAGCACUGGGCAAAAUCCAUGAAGGAAACCAGCUUUAUUUUCCAUGUUGUUGCUUGGGGUUUUGCUUUAUUUUUAAAAGGAGAAAUUGAACUUUCCUAUUUAUUUCCAAGCAUUAGGAGAAAUAUUCCAGUGGGUUUUUUUCCCUUGCAGAAUGUAGACAUUAUUAACAAAAUUGCUACCACACCUUUCAUGUUCUCCAUGCUCCCUGAACACCACAGGGGGUUCUGGUCCCUAGUCUCUGCGUUGUUUGGUAUGGUCUAGAAGCAGAAUGGCAGUGUAGAGACAUACAAGCUGCUUGAUGAAGAGACUGGUCUCCGAUUAAGAAGUGAAAGUCCCCCCACCUCCCAGCCCUGCAGAACCUCCAACACAAUGUAUCAGGAGAGGGACGUUCAAUGUGCCAAGUUAGUUUGAAAUUUCUUUCAGAAAAUGUUGCCUUUUUCUCAAUCUUGCCCAUUCCAUCUAUUUUUAUGAAUUUUUCUCUUUUUAUAUGAUCUAGGCGUUGAUCUGCCCCAGGGCUUAACUUGGCACUCUUAUUUCAGUAUGCCUAAAGCUUUAAAUGAAGAAACUGGGUCUGUCCAUUGCCCCUGACACAGCUCCAGCUGACGUUAUCGUUAUUUAGGUUUGUUGUUUUGUGAAACAAGGUCUUGCUGUGUAGCCAUGCUGGCCUUGAACUGAAGAUCCUCCUGCACUGUCUUCCUGAGUACUGGGUUUACAGGCACCACCACACCCAGCAGGUCUUUUUUUUUUAAUUAUUAAAGAAAAUAGAUUAAGUUUGCAUUCCUUGGGUCAUACAGGUGGGUCAAGGCUGAGUGUAGCCUGCUGCUCAGAGACCAAUCAGCUGCACUUUAGACCUCCAUUGGCCCCCUGUGUCCUCAGCAAACCCUGCUGAAAGACUCAAGUCCUGGCCCCCAGGUACUAAAACAGCAAAGGCACAGCACUUGUUUUUAAUCUAGUUCACACUGUUAACUUCAGACAAUAUAUCUUUUCUAGUCUGCUGGAGACUCCUGGAGGUCUGAUUGCUUUUAAGAGUUUGAACUGAUUGAAAGUAUUUAUGAGACUUUCUUCAGCUAAUGGUGGGAGGAUAGAUGUCCCACUUUAAGAUGUUUUGAGGAAUUGGCAUCUAAGAACGUAGAGGUAGGAGAAGAUGGGGACAGACAUGAGGGUCCCUGGGAGGACCUCAGUCUAGUGUCUGAACACUCUAGCUCUUGGGUCCAGCAGGUCACAGAGGCUGAGCCCUGUGCCUCCUCUUUCAAAGCAAUCAAAUUUAAACGCCCCCAGAAGUGCCUUCCUAAUCAGCCCUUUUACAGAGUAGCAGGUCUGAGAAGGAUCAGAGAAGAGGUUGAGACAAGCCUGGCUGGACCAUCGUCCAUGCCCCAGCAUAUGGCAGCCUUGCUUUUUUGCUGACUUUGAUUUUAUAGUCAGACAAGCAUCUCAUAGCAGUGGGAGCUCUUGGCUAGCUGUACCAACCCUCUUUUGUCAGUUCACAGUGAGUAUUCUAGGCUCUUUCUAUUUCCUUGCCCUUCAAAAAGCUUGGUGCCCAUUACAGCUAGAAACAAAGGGCUCUGCAGCAGCCACACAGGACAGUAGACAGUACAGCUGUUCCAGUGACUCAGAGGACCAUGAAAAUCCCCAUUGUAUGAAUUGAAAAUGAAUCCUAGGGCUAGCAAGAUGGCUCAGUGUGUAAAGGUGAUUACCACCGCAUCUGAGGACCUAAGUUCAAUCCCUGGGACCAACAUAGUGGAAGAAGAGAAACCAACUCCUGAAAGUUGUUCUCUGACCUCCGUACUCACACCAUGGGGGUACACAUACACUAAAAAUAAUAAUAAUAAAUAAAUAAAAUUUUUUAAAAAUUAAAAAGAAAUAUGAAUUCUUAAAAGCCUACGCACCUCGAGGAGCUCUGUGCGUUGUAAUGGUAAGCGUAUCACAUUUUCUCCAUGGAAAGAUACAAUGGUAGCUCUAACCUGGAAGACAGCAUCCCAGUUGGACGCAUGUAGAACCAGGCCAUGGAUCAGUUUGUCACAUGUCCCAGAAGAGAUGGGCACAGUAGUCCUGGGGCCCUUUUUCUAUGAGGAAAGAGAAGGCAGCAGGGUUGGUGCACAUUACUGAGGGAAGAGACGGUGGGUCUGGAGCUUCUUGGAGGGUAAGCUGUUCUCUUUGGGUAUAAAAAGCUGCCUGGCAUCCCCAAGCCAGGUUUCCUAAAGCCUGUGGGCCACUGGAUGCUUUUCCAGGAAACACUGCUCAGGAAGUUCCAGCUUCUUGGUAGGUUCUGUGCUUAUCCUCCCAACAUGCCUUGCCAAGUAUGAUUCAAAAAGGGCCAGGGGGUGAGGGGACACCAUCAACACUUAUGUUUAGGGGUGUUUGUUUCUUCUUUUGGUUUGGGUUUUGACACAGGGUCUCACUCUAGCCUAAGCUAACCUCAAACCCCUCAUUCUGAGCCUUAGCCUCCUGAGUGCUGGGGUUACAGGUGUGUGCCACCACACCUGGCUUAUGUUUGCUUUUAAUGUUCUUGUGUAAGACCUAUUCUCUUCAACCAUUGGUCUAUUUGAAAGAUACAUGGUGUACAUACAGGUGUGCACAUGUGUCCACACAAAGAGUCCUGAAAAGCAGCUCAUCUUCACAGUGUGAUAACUUACUGAAACAUUCAACUUCUCCUUGACUUUAUUAUAACGAACCUGAUGCUUUUUUUAGAACUCAUUAUUCUGACUUCUGUAUAUGUUGCACUGAAAGGUUAAUAUUUAAUGUUUUAAUUUAUUUUAUGUGGUAAGUUAAUUUUGAUUUCUAUAAUAUGUUAAUGUGAUUAGAAGCCCUUUUCCUUAAUAUCUGAAUUAUACUUAAAGACUAGUGAGCAAUUUAAGAUACUGUUGUAUUUUUCAGAAAUAUGUAUUGUUAUCCAGUUGUACUGAACCUUGUUUGGAAGGAUGAAGGAAUGCUUUUUUUUCCUACUUAUAAAGACUGGAGUUUUUCUUCAA